UAUUUCCAGGCUCAGCUCAUACAUAGAAGAGAGAGAGAGAGCAAAAGCAUCUCUUUCUCUGUCUUAGUAAGAGGAAACCAAAACCCAUUAAACCACGACACCAUGGAGUUAGAAAUGGGUUCUGGUCAGAAGAAGCCCGAGUCAGCUGGUUCCUCGUCUACACUAAGUGGUGGACUCAGGUUUGGUCAGAAGAUCUACUUUGAGGAUGGAUCCGGAGCAGGGUUAAGCAAGAACCGUGUUAGUAGUACUGGUCGUAAGUCGAUGACAGCUAGGUGCCAAGUGGAAGGUUGUAGAACGGAUCUAAGCAAUGCUAAAACUUAUUACUCAAGACACAAAGUUUGUUGUGUUCACUCUAAAUCAUCUAAAGUCAUUGUCUCUGGUCUUCAUCAAAGGUUUUGCCAGCAAUGUAGCAGGUUUCAUCAGCUUUCUGAGUUUGACUUGGAGAAACGAAGUUGUAGAAGACGGCUCGCUUGCCAUAACGAACGAAGAAGAAAGCCUCAAGCAACAACCACUCUCUUGACUUCUCGUUACUCAUCUCUAUAUGGGAAUGCCAUUAGAAGCGUUUUGGGAGAUCCUACUACCUGGUCAACCGCAAGAGGGUCUGCACCGUGGAAGAUUAACCAGGAAAGUGAUAGGCAUCAGCUGAUGAAUGUUAUCUCAUUUGGGAGCUCAAGCUUUACCACAUGCCCAGAGAUGAUGAACAAUAAUAGCACAGACUCAAGCUGUGCUCUCUCUCUUCUGUCAAACUCAAACCCAAACCAGCAGGAACAACAACCACUUCAGACAUCAAACACUAUAUGGCGACCAUCUUUAGAUUUUGACUCGACUGUUGCUGAUAGGGUUACAAUGGCUCAGCCACCGCCUGUUUCAAUGCAGAAUCAGUACUUAAACCAAACUUGGGAGUUCAUGUCAGGCGAAAAAAGCAAUGCACAAUGUAUAUCUCCUGUUUUGGGACAGAGUCAAAUCUCUGAGCCAGUUGACUUUCAGAUAGGCACUACAAUGGGUGGUGGAUUCGAGUUGUCUCUUCAUCAGCAGGUUCUGAGGCAAUACAUGGAACCUGAGAACACAAGAGCUUAUGACACUUCCCCUCAAUAUUUCAACUGGUCUCUCUGAGUCUUUUUCUCUUUCACCCUCUAAACACUUUUUUCUUAAGCAAGAGCCUUACAUGUGGAAGAUUGCUACUAAGACUUAUCUGUUUCUAUGCUACUUAAAAUCAGACAAUGAUGGCAGAAAAUGCGCUUUGUUUUGGGUAUUAGUUUAAUGCUUUU